UAUUUAUGGAAUUAAUUCACGAGAUUUGAUUAAGUUUUAACUCUAUGUUCUUCCAAUUCAGUCACAUAGAUUUAUUGUUCCUAAACUCAUCCCAUGGCAGACGGCAGAAACCAAACGGUCAUCAUGGAAUUCAUCCUUCUGGGAUUUGGGGAUCUCCCUGACUUGCAAAACCUUCUCUUCCUGAUGUUCCUAGUGAUCUACAUGGCAACUGUGGCCGGGAACACCCUCAUCGUGGUGCUCGUUGUGGCUAAUCAGCACUUUCACACUCCCAUGUACUUCUUCCUGGGGAAUCUGUCCUGCCUGGAGAUCUUCUACACCUCAACCAUCCUGCCCAGGUUGCUGGCCGGUCUCCUGACUGGGGACAAAACCAUCUCAGUCAGUGGCUGCCUCACACAACUGUAUUUCUUUAGUUCUCUGGUGGCAACAGAAUGCUGUCUCCUAGCAGCAAUGUCUUAUGAUUGGUAUUUAGCGAUAUGUAAACCCCUACACUAUUCAACUCUUAUGAAUAUCAGGUUUUACCUCCAAAUGGCUGCUGCAUCAUGGUUAAAUGGUUGUUUGGCUGCAAUUAUCUUAAUCUCACUCCUAUCCCACUUACAAUUUUGUGGCCCAAAUGAAAUCAACCAUUUCUAUUGUGAUAUCAUCCCACUGAUGGAACUUUCCUACACUGGCACACACCUUAUUAUAUUGGUAGACUUCAUAGUAGCCUGUGUAUUCAUCCUGCCUUCCUUCUUACUAACCCUGACAUCCUAUGUGUGCAUCAUCACCACCAUCGUGAGAAUCCCUUCCACCACCGGGAGAAAAAAAGCCUUUUCCACCUGCUCCUCUCACCUCAUUGUGGUGACGAUUUUCUAUGGAACCUUAAUGGUUGUGUACACUGCCAAAUGUGAUACACUGAGAGACCUGAACAAAGUGCUCUCUCUUUGUUACACAGUCCUGACUCCUCUGGUAAACCCCCUCAUCUACAGCUUGAGAAAUAGAGAGGUCAAGGAAGCUUUGUGCAAAGCAAUCA